UCAAACCCAGGCUCAGACCAACGAAGAUGGCGGCGGUGGGGUCGGCCAAAUCCACUGGACUGGGACAGAGAGGUAAAAGCAGGCCUGGCGCUCACGCCGCUCCGCUGUCUCUGGAAGAGGCCCGGUGUCCGGUGUGCUCGGAGAUACUCCUGGAGCCGGUGACGAUGCCCUGCGGACACUCGGUGUGCCUGCACUGCUUCCAGCGGACGGUGAAGCUGAUCAGCCUGUGCUGUCCGCUGUGCCGGCUGCGGGUGUCCAGCUGGGCCCGCACACAGUCCCGGGAGAAGAGCCUGGUCAACGCCGAGCUGUGGGAGCUGGUCCGCCUCAGUCACCCGGAGAGAUGCAGGCGGAGGAUGGAGCAGAGGGACGGGGAGAUCGCGGACGGGGAAAUUUUUCGUGCGCCUGUGCCAAUUCAUAAGCCUGGAGAAAUGCGUCAAGACUAUGAGAAACAAAAGAUGAAGGGUGGAUGCAGUGAAGAAACUGAAGAGAGAAAGAAAAAAGUCCAUAGAAAAGAAGACUGUGGGAUCCUCAAACAUUGUCAAUAUCCUUUCUGUGGAGUGUCAGACUCUGAGAAUGAAGAGCCAGUGGGAAAGAGGACCAGACACGUUUCAGCAUUUGUACGGAAAACAAGAUGCUCCCCUGCUUUCAAUAGAGGUUGUCUUCAUAGUAGUGCCGUUCAGAGGAGCAGGAGCUGUACGGAUUCUGAGGAUGGCAGAGGAAAAAGCAGAGUUCACACACAUCAUGCUGUUACUGACAAGGCAAGCAUCACUCAUAGUUACAACGCUGGAAUCCUUCUCUCCUCGGAGAAUAGUCUGUCUUUUUCAGCCCCGGUGCUGAGCCUAGAUAAGAGACACCACUGGCGGGGCAUCCACACCUCUUCCGUUUCUGCUGUGCUUCAAACGAAACCAGAGAGGUCCAUUAGCCCCGAGAGCAACGAUAGCAUAUCGGAAGAACUCAACCAUUUCAAGCCUAUCGUCUGCUCGCCGUGCACGCCACCCAAAAGGUUGCCCGACGGACGACUUUUGGAGCCUACGAUCGUGAAGUCGACCCCUAGGAACUUGACACGCACUCUGCAGAAGUCCACAAGCUACGAGGCCAGCCCCACCAUCUUGCAGAAGUGGAAGCAGAUUGAAGUUGAUCGUCAGAGCAUCAAGGUGACCUCAAAAGGGACAGUCACAAGUCCGAUCGCAGAGGAUCCUAGCCAUAAACUGAGUCCCGUAGAAGAACGGGACAGCCGACUCUGCAGCUGUGCUGUAGCCACGGACGGCUUGAAGGAUCAUCGGUGCAUUUGUGAGUCAAGUGCCAAAGGGUCUAAGGAUCAUAAACUUGUAGUCUGUAAUAAACGACGGCUUAUAUUUGAUCAGUGUAACAGAGAGGAAGAGACACCGCAAGUUAGCGCUCAUGUCAGGUCGACAACUCAAACUAUUGCAGAUACUUCAUCCCCAAAAAGGCGUAGCAGAUGUGAAGCACUCUGUGAACCAACAGAAACGUGUGCACCGAUGUCAGAUAAACACGCUGGACAUUGUAAUCAGGGAAGUGUAGACCCUGAGAACUUUAUAAACGAGCCUUGCACCAGGAGCUGUGUACUUAACAGACCUACCUCAAGAAGGGGCAAAAAGAGAAGCCACAAAACCAAACACUUGGAGGAGAAACUCCAGGCAAAAAUAUCUCGGACCGGUAGCUGCAAUUCCUGCGACAGGCUUGAUGAUCCUAUUGUCCGGCGAAUGAAUCAGGAAAAGGUGGACAGGGAACUGGCACUGAAGCUCCAGAGACAGUUUGACAGAGAAUGCCAAAAAGUGGACAGGCAUAAAACAAGUCGUAACAAAUACGAACUCAGGUCCUGGGCUACGAAAGAUGGGAUGGUAGGACACAAUACACGCAGAUCAGGAAGACUCUCCAAAAGAAAUGAGCACUUGAACUAUAGCUGUUAAAGGGACUUGCUCGAGUUUUAUCGUAGUGAUUCUUAACAGUCGCUAACGUUUUCUUUGCUUAGGCACUAUAGAGGCUUUCUAACACCUGGAUGAGUAUUGCAAGAUAUUAAGGUAUUUAUGUUUUCGGCUUGCCAUGUAACAGAUGCUUUUUAUCCAAAGUGUUUAAUCCGAGUCUAAGUAGAGGAACCUGGGGUUAAGUGCCUUUGCUCAAGGGCAAUGGUCGCAGGACAGAAUUGGGCUCUCGGCAACUUUCCCAUCCAUGGGGAUUCAAAGCUGCAGUGUUUUGUUUCUGGUUUUCUUAGUGUUUAACUGGCUUCUACUACUCAAAAAGAGGAAACUAGGUGUUUGGGGGACAGAAAUGCAUACAGAACAAUGUAUACGAACUCUUUUAAAAGGCUUUUCAGGUCUUCAAGCCAGAGACAAUACAAUCUCGGUGUGCUCAUCACAAUCACAAUAGAUCCUCAAGAAGUUUGUUUGCAUGUUUGAAAGUUAUCAUAGGACAUUUGUUAAAACAGAAGGUGUUUUGUACAAAGGUGUAGCAUAACCCUUUUUGUUGGAAUUUCUUGUUUCCAGUGGCCUGGGAAGGUUUUUUUUUUAAUGUAUCAAUCUAUCAAACAACUCGUACGAAUAUAUAUAUAUUUUUUUUGUGAAUGAUUUGGGUGGGAAAGAGUAAAAUUGUAGCCUUAGGUCAGAAAACUACUCUACACAAGUGCAUAGACGCAAAUGCUUGGUCAAUGGUUUGCAGGAGCGCACUGUUGUAUGUGUGUAACCUUAAGUACUGGGAAGGAAACAAACUUUAGUACUCAAGUCAUCCAUAGAGUUGCUUUCAAAUGUUUGUGCCAUUAAUCACGAUGUAUUAUUUUUAAUUAGCUAGCUAUGAACCGCUUAAAGGAUGUCCAAGAUGUCCAUGUCUUUCUUUCUUCAGUCGAAAAGAAAUUAAGGUUUUUGAUGAAAACAUUCCAGGAUUU